AUGGACGAGCUAAAUGCAGUGAAAGACAUUCUCAGAGACGUGCUUUCGCGUAUAGAUCAAAUCCCUCUGCAGAAUUCACAGAGCCAGAAUCCUCAAUCAAAUGAAGAACACGAACUGCCUCCUUCUUCAAACAAUACAAAUGCUGGUUUCCUGGCUAGAGCGCAAAGUAACUUCAGGACAGCCUUCCCACAUCUUUAUGUUAGACGUGCAUGUCCACUUUCCCAGCCUUUAGAUGGUAGAAGCCAGGCUACAAGGCCCAAAAAGGAGGCAAAGUAUGUGCCAUUUUUUGUGAAAGACAUCUGGACGAAAGAAUUCUUGGUUUUGUCAUCUCCUAGAGAUGACAAAAUGCCACGGGCUGAAUGUCUGCAAGUUUUACAAGCAGCAGGACUGGGUAAAAAGAAAGUUGUGUUUAAAGACAAAAAUGGAAACUUUGAUCACUUGAAAAGCACUCUGGAAGAGCAUUUCCCCAAAUUAAAGUCCCAGAAUGGUGCUUUUGAGCUACUAAGAGCAGACAAAGGUGGAAAUUCACAUCCUCUUAUUAACAUUCACAUGUCCAGCACUGGGUACACAAUAAAGCAGCUGAAAGAAGUUGUCCCUGGCAGUACUGUAAUUUAUGUUAGACCAAUCCAGAGUGACCUGGAUAUGAUAGUUGUCCAGAACGAAGAUGGUGAGAAAGCAUACACUCAGUGUGUAAAUUGCCAUGAAAGUGUACUGUUGGUUGGAAUCAAAGAGCAUGCAGAUUUGUGUAAUGGUGGAAAUUCAAGUUCCGCAACUGACUUUCUCACAGAAACUAAAACCCAGACAGAAACCUUGAGCUCGGCAGGAACACUUCAAGGAUACAAAUUAACUGUGGAAGCCUCCUUUGAAAGAAGUGUAUCAGCAACCAUAGGUAUCAUCCAACAAGUAUUUCCAGAUCUUCCUUUGGCUGCUGCUCAGCAUGCACUGAAAGUGGCUAAUGGAGAUACUAACAGAGCAGUGGAGUUCCUGUUAAAUGAUAAUGAGAUACCAGAAGAUGAUAAAAGCAAUUCAGCCUUGUUACAUGAAGAAACAUUUCCAAAUGAAGGUAUAUAUUUUGAAUCAGAAACAGCAUCCUUUGGAGAAUACCUUACUGCAACUGAAGUACUAAGCCAGUACAGGACACAGAUUGUCAGAGGAACUGAAUUUAUAGACUUUGACAGAACCAAAAUGUCCACACUGGGACAACUGAUGUGUAUUUAUAAAUGACCAGGAAUUGAGUUGAAAAAGAAUCCAGAUGUCCAUUUUGUUGGGGAGUGUGGUGCAGAUGUAGGAGGUCCAACAAAAUAAUUUUUUCACACUGCCUUAGCAUCAUUGAACAAGGUAGAUGCUAUAUACAAUUUCCAGUUAUUCACCGGUGAGCAUGGCCACCUAGUUCCCUUGCAUGGUCCAGAUGUUCAUUCAAGUGGUUGUUUUGAGAUGGCAAGAAAAUUACUUGCACACAGUGUGCUCCAGGGCGGAGGGGGUAUGGACGGUCUGGCUCCAGCUAUUGUCGAGUAUCUAUCAACUGGCUCUCUUGAAGAGGCUUCAAAGCUUGUUACUUCUGCUGACCUUGCAGAUGUUGACUUGCGCAUGCUCAUUGAAGAAAAGGAAGCGUUUACAGAAUCAAGAAGUCUAAAAUAUGGACCCAUGUUUUACGUCUAUGGAACAGACGGGUUUGAGAAGUUAACUCCUGAGGAGAAAGAUAAACUGGAAGAGUUGCUUGUGCGUUGUGGGUUGACCACACACGUGCCACUUACUGCCCUGAACAUUGAUUUAGUAGUAAAAGACCUCCUAGUGGCUGAGGUGAUUGUAAUGAGGACCCUCCCACUGGAUGCACCUUUGAAAGGAAUAAAUGUAUUAGGUCUCAGAGAACUGUUACGCAAGUACCCCAGUGCAGUUAGCAAGAUUUUUCCAUCUGUCCAAGAUGCAGUAGUCAGUGCUGAUAUAUUUCUACACAAGGUUACUUUAGCUGAUGAGGAAGUGAAGAACAAUGAACCGGAAGAGGUUUGGUUCCAGAGGUUUGUUGAGGAAUCAGGAAACCAAAAAGGCAAUCCAGACAUCAACUCAGGACAGGCUUUCCCAAACAAGGUCAUACAUUCUGGAGAACCAUUCUUGAAGAAACUGGUGUUAUUUAUAACAGGGCAGCCAACCUUAUAUCCAGAGACCAACAUUGAUGUUGGAUUUAUGAACAACCCAUCAAAAAAGCUGAUGGAAGCUGACUCCUGUUUCAACAAAGUGUAUAUACCAGUUACCCAUCCAACAUAUGAAGAUUUUAAAAAGUCUCUCACCACCUCUGUAUGUUAUGGUGGAGUUGGAUAUGGAAGAUUUUAAUUAGCCCUCACAUGUUGUUCCCUUUCCUUCUUAACAUCCAAACUUUUAAUGAAAGGAAGUUCUCUUGUUGGGUUACUAUUCAAGCUUCAGAUUGUAAUUACAGAAGAACAUGUUUGGUAUCAGUAAGUAUCAACAUCAACAGACAGUUGUUUUUUGAAAGGUGGUAAUGAUCUGUGGACAUGUGUACUGACAGGUAGCUGUCAAGUCCACCUUACUCGUAUAGGUUUGUCAAUAAAUAAAUAAACUGCAUAAUUUACAUUAACAUUUCUUGACCUCCGAAUUAGGUUCCAAAGUUGUCACUUGAUGUAUGAAGUUUUGUACUGAUUUAUUUACUUGACAAACCAAGGAAAUCUUUAGCCUGAUUGCACAUACACAUGUUAUAUCAUAAUCCAUUAAAUAUUUUUCCUUGCAAGUGAUUAGUCUUUAUUUGUCAUGUGACUGAAUGCAAUCCAGCUAAAACUGGAGAAUAUCCAAAUAGUAUUUUCCAUUUUUCA